AUUGUUCGAUCCGACGAAAGUAGUGGUAAACGGAAGAAGCGGCGACAGAGGGCUCUUCUCGACUCCGAGCUUGCCGAUCCUCCAUAACCGCAGAGGGGAAAGCAACGAAUGUCGGGGUGGGACAUGGGACUUGAUCGGUUUGACCGAUUCCACGCGAUCUAUCCCCACGAUCGAUAUAACCUCUCGAGCAGCGGAGGGGUUUUGGCCUCGUUUAACGUUUCACGUGCCGAUGAAAUCGUACCACCUCCGGGAACGUGAGCUUGUCUGCUACCAGCAGGAGCAUCGCCAGACGGACGACACCAAAGUUAUAAAGCGGACCGGCGAAGAGGCUACGAGACGCUGCCACUUUGCCGAUCGAACUCGUCGUAUGACGAUCCUUUUCUCGUGAAAAGAAUCGGAAUAUUGAUCAUUCGGCGACACCUCCCGGCUCGGUGUCAUCCCUGGUUCCGUAAGGGAAAUUAUCGAUACUCGUGUCAUGUCACUUUGACAACGCCGCGAUCGCGUUGUGCAGGAGAGAGAAGAUCAAAGGGGAGAUCGUUAGAGGCCGUUUUUGUGACAAUUUCUUUUUUAUAUUCGACGACAUAGACAUUUUUAUUGAAUAUUUAAUUGAGAUUCGCCAUUGGUGUGUGUCGAAGAAGACGAGAAGGAGACACGAGAGUACCGUCAUUAGCUUCUUAACUCUGAUUAGUGUUAUACGAGGCAAUGGCAAACUUAAUUAAUUCUACAACAACUUUAAUAAACGAUGCCUACAAUUAUUAUCUUUGGACGUUAUCCCUCGCUGAUGAACGAACGAGAGGAUGGCUUUUGGUUGAUUCUCCGAAACCUACUUUGAUAUAUACAAUGUUGUAUUUACUCAUUGUAUGGGCUGGGCCAAAGAUCAUGAGAAAUCGGAAAGCCUUCAAGCUAACAUGGGCCCUUGUUCCGUAUAAUCUUGCAAUGGCCUGUCUUAAUGCAUAUAUCGCGAUACAAUUAUUCGUAGCAUCCACUAGACUACGUUAUAGUUAUGUGUGUCAACCAAUUAGACAUGUAACUCGCCCAGAUGAAUUGCAGAUUGCUCAUGCUGUCUGGUGGUACUACUUUAGCAAACUUUUGGAGUUCUGUGAUACAUUUUUCUUUAUUUUACGGAAAAAAGAUAAUCAAUUAAGCUUCCUUCAUGUUUAUCAUCAUUCUACCAUGUUUUCGUUAUGGUGGAUUGGUAUCAAGUGGGUACCAAGCGGAUCUACUUUCCUUCCAGCAAUGGUAAACAGUUUUAUCCAUGUCCUUAUGUAUUCAUAUUAUGGUUUGGCCGCAUUGGGACCUUCCGUAGCUAAAUAUCUCUGGUGGAAAAAAUAUUUGACGAUCCUUCAAUUGAUCCAGUUUACCACUGCCUUAAUUCUUGGCAUCAAUGGUAUCCGAUCAGGAUGCGAUUUUCCACUUUGGAUGCAAUAUGCUCUUGUCAUUUACAUGAUCUCUUUUAUCGUUUUAUUUGGAAACUUUUAUGCCAAAGCUUAUAUUGCUAAAGGCAAACAAGCAUAUGCGGAGAGACAAUUAGAAAAAAUGAAAGUAGAUACUCAAUCGAAGAAAGAAAUUAUCGAUGGAGCUGUGUGUAAUGGAAAUAUUUCAAAUGGACACGCUAAUGGAUAUGCAAAUGGUGUAUGUAAAAAGAUUCAGUGAAAAAUGCAAAGUUCUUCUUUAAAAUAUUAAAGAUCGAAUUACGAUAUACAUAUUUAGUUAUAAAAUCAAAGUGAAUAGAAAUUGGAAAAUCGAUAACGAUAAACCAAAUCUAUUUGAUCGAAAUUUUUAGUUCUUGCAACUGCCGUUUUGUUCGCGGUGCUUAAUACAUUAUACCGUUAUAGAAAAAUUGGGUUUAAUAUAAAGACCCGAUAUUUCUC